AUGGAAAAGCCCAGCACCGACCAAGUCGAGCACGCCGACAACCAACACCUCGGCCACCUAUCCAACCAAGAAGACCACGGACUAGGAAAAUGGCAAAGCCUAAAAAAAUACCCCUGGACCUUUGCCUGUGCGUCUACGCCUUUCGAGAACCAAGCCUCAGGCAACGUAACCGGAAUCCCCAAAUUCCGCAAAGAUUUCGGGCAUUUCUAUGAAGGCGACUGGGUUCUCGAGGCGAAGUGGCAGUCUGCGUUCAAUGGCGCGCCAGUGGCGUCGGCGGUAGUUGGGGCGCUGUGUUCUGGUCAGAUUGCGGAUGCUAUUGGGCGCAAACUGACGAUUGGAGUGUCGCUUCUCAUUACGGUUGCUGCUGUUACGUUGGAGUUUGUUGCGACUACCAAUGAGAUGUUCUUUGGGGGGAAGUUUCUUAAUGGAUUUGCGUUGGGGGCGCUCGCUUCUGUUCCUAUUACUUAUAUUGGAGAGGUUUGUUUCUCCUUUCACUGGCAUCUCUUUGAUAUCUCUCCUCUUGCCCUCCGCGGUACUCUCACCUGCCUCUCAGCUCUGGCAUACUGCAUCGGUCCCUUUGUUGUCGCCCUGAUCACAAACACAACCGGGACAUAUACAAAUCGCUGGGCCUACCGCGCCGUCUUCGUAGCCCAGUACGGCUACGCCGCACUAGCGCUUGCUUUCAUAGCGUUCAUGCCCGAGUCGCCCUGGUGGCUGGUAUCAAAGAACUGGGACACUAAAGCCCUCAAGAGUCUCCGAAAACUAGGCUACAGCGAAGAUGAGGGAGCCAAAACGCUCGCCAACAUCAAAGUGACUCUCGAAGAUAUCAAGCGUGAAACAGAAGGCGUCACCUACCUGGAGUGUUUCCGGCGCUCAAACUUGCGUCGAACCAUCAUCUCCAUCCUCCCGCUGAGCAUUCAGGCCUUAUCCGGCGUCAUUUUCGCAGCUGGUUACUCAACAUACUAUAUCCAGCUGGCAGGUUACAGCACAGAAAUGAGUUUCAGACUCCAGAUCGCGCAGCAGGUCUGCUCACUCGUCGGCAAUGUCAUGUCCUACUUUCUAAUCGACAGACUGGGCCGUCGAAACAUAAUGAUCUACGGCCUGGGCGUAUUAACCGUCAUUCUGAUGUUAACCGGCGGACUAGCAGUCGUCGGAGCCGAAGCCUCAAAUCCGAACUCCGGCGGCGCAAUCAAGGGCACGGUGGCCUUGAUUCUGGUUUACUGCUGGUGGUACAAUAUGACCAUUGGAUCGGCGGGAUAUACCAUCCUAGCUGAAGUAUCGACUUCCAGACUGCGGAUUAAGACUAUUGCUAUUGGAUUAGCGUUGCAGAAUGCGCUUUAUACGAUGUGGUCGUCCGUCGCGAAUCUAGGUGCCAAGGUAACUUUCAUUUUCGGGGGUCUUUGUGUGAUUUCUCUUGUUUAUUUGUGGUUUUGUCAGCCUGAGACUGCUAGUCGGACUUAUGCUGAGCUUGAUGAGAUGUUUGUUAAUGAGGUUCCUGCGAGGAAGUUUAAGGCUUACCAGACUGAUGCUGAGGCUAUGGGUGUUGCUGUUAAAGAGGGUGAUGUCAGUGUUUAG